AUGGCUGAUGUCACAUGGGAUGAAAUUCGUAAUUUACGUGCUGAUUUUCUUAAUUUACAAUUAACAGAAACAGCUAAUAAAUUAUCUGAACGAAAUUGUGUUGAAUUAAUUGGCCUUUUAGUUAAAGAAGGUUUAUUAAAUGUAAUCUAUACAACCGAUGGAAAAGAUAUUAUUACUGAACAGCGAUUAAUUCGAGAAAUUCUCGAUGAAAUUUACGCAAAUGGAGGUCGUAUUAAUAUUGUUGAUUUGGCUCAACAUCUUCGAAUUGAUUUAACUUAUAUCGAAGGUAAAAUUGGUGAUGUUUGUAAAGAAGAUCCAACAUUACAAUUUACUUUGGGACAAUUUAUAUCUGCUGAUUAUACGAAUCGUUUAGUUGAAGAAAUAAAUGAUAUGUUAGUUGAACGUGGACUUAUACCAUUUAGUGAAUUAAUUCGUCAAUUUGAUUUACCAACAGAAUAUUUAAAUUCAAUAGUUACAAAUCGUAUUAUUGGUUCAACAUCAAAUGGUAUUAAAUUUGAAUCGGGCACUUUAUAUACAGAAAAUUAUGUACGUUUACAACAAAAUAUUCUUAUUGGCUGUCUUCAAGCAGCAUUUUUACCUGUACGUGUUAAUGAAAUAAUUAAAACAACACGUGUCAAUGAAAAUCUUAUUCAAAGUCUUAUUGUUAAUUUAAUUCGUGAUAAUCGAAUUAAUGGAAAUCUUCUCGGAACGACAAAAGAAAAUUCUAUUUUUUAUCCAAAAGUAUAUACAGAUGCUCAAGCAAAAUAUAUUGAAUCAUUUUUUACUCAAAAUGGUUAUAUUGAAUAUUCACUUGUACGAAAUCUUGGUGUCAAUGAUCCUGAAGGACAAACAAAAUUAGUAUUAAAAGAUCGAAAACAAAUACUUUUUUUAAUAUCUGGUUGUAUUGAUUUAUUAAAAUUUUUACCACAAUUAGAAAUGAAUAUUGAACAAGGUUUAGUUACAAAUGAAUAUGUUGAUAUAACAACAUUAAUGCCAAAUAGUUUUAAUGAAAAUGAUAUUGAAAAAUUAUUUAAAACAGAAUUAUCUCUCAAAGAAUUAAUUAAAUCAUCAGGUGGUGAACUUAUUUCAAAUACAUUUAUUCUUGCAAAAGAAUUACAAGAUAAAAUUGAUAAGAAAUUAAAUGAUAUUUGUCAAGAAUAUGCAGAAAAAGAAUCAGCGCAAUGUACUCCACAGAUGUAUGCAGCUGUUCUUCAAGGUAAUAUUGCAUUAGCUAGUGCAUCAUCAAAAGGUGCGACUGCGAAAAAACCUGCUGCUGCAGCUGGUAAACGAAAAGGUGCAUCGAAAGUUGUUGAAGAAAGUAAUUCUAAUCAAGAAACAAUUCCAUUUGUAAGUAAAGAUGAAAUUAAAUCUCAAAUUCGAUCGAUUAAUGAAGAAGUACCUGAUGAAAUAAUUGAUUUAUUAACUGAUAAUCUUUAUAAUAUAAAAAGUCGACAAUAUCUUGAUUUAUUUGUUCAACGUGUAAAAGAAAGUUUUGUAUUAAAAGAUAAUGAAACAAGUAAUGAUACAACACGUAAGAGUGAAAUAAAAAAUGUACAAGAAUCUAUCAAACAAUUACAUGGAAAUAUUUGUAUAUUUUCACGUGCAAUUGAACACUUAACUACAGAAAAUGAAACAGCUCUUGCUGAAACAUUACAACGACAUUUAAUUCGUUCACUUUGUGCUGAUAUGUGCGAUAAUAUCAUAAGAGAACUUGAUACAUCAGCAAGUUCAAAAACAGGACAAUUAAGUAUUGAGGAGCGAAAUAAAAUUAUUCAAAAAAUGUCCGAACCAAAUCGAAGUCAUCUAUCAAAAGUUAACGAAUCAUUAAAUGGCAAAAAUGUUGAAACUACAUUAAGUCGACUUGAAGAUGCUGCAAAUGAAUUACUUCAAUUAUCAUUAAAACGUCCAACGAAAAAAAAUGAAAAAGAUUUAACAUUAGAUAUUCGAGAAAAACUUAAAGCUAAAUUAACUGAUGAACAAGAUCCUGCAAUGAUUCUUCAUUUAGCAAUAACUCUUCUAUUUUACGGUAUUCAUGCUGGUCGAUUUGUUCAUGCACCAGGUAAAGCUGUACCAUCAUUAAUUAAAUAUCUAUCAAAAAGCCUUCCAAAUAACAUCAAUCAACGAUUACAAGAAAUGCAAGAAUAUGUUAUUCAACAAUCAACAACAGGAACAUCAUCAACACAAUUAUCAAAUGAAAAAAUUGAAUUUAUCAAAAAAUUAGGUUUAAAUGCAAAAGAAAAUAUGUCAUUGACAGCACUUGCAAAUGAUGCGCAUGAAUCGUAA